AUGAUACGGGCCCUCACGCUGGGUGGAAAAGUACUCGCAGCAGUGCCAACACAGGAGAUCACCAAUGUGCGAAGCUUGAAGCUGCACGUGGCAAAGUUGCACGGAGUCCCACGCUUCAGACAAAGAGUCUUUAUAGGCAAUAAGGCCACAGAGGACGACGCAGCGCUGGAUGCGCCAACUGACUUCCAGCUAAUCUUCCUGGAGUUCGCCACCAUGUCUCCAGAGCAAGCCUUCAAGCUUACCAAAGCUUCUGGAUAUGGCUGCGCCGAUGAGGUUGAAAAGCUCUUGCAAAUCCCUUUGAAUCCCAACUCAGCCAACGUCGAAGAGUGGGGCCCACUUCUUGCGGCCGCAGACCAUGGACAUCUUGAGGUCGUAGAUUUGUUGCUUGAGGCAAGGGCUGACCCUGUAUUCCAAGGCUUCGAGGGCACAGCUCUUGUGCUUGCCGGUGAAAGAGGGCACGUUGACAUUACCAGGUCAUUGUUGAAAGCUGGGGCUGGCAUGGAAGUGUCGGAGAGGCACUGGGCAAUAUAUCGCACCAGUUUUGGUUUCCGCAAAGAAGCGUGUGACGAAUGUGUGAAGUUGCUGGUUGCGGCUGACCUAGAGGAUUGCCGCGGGCGGAGGGGUCUCAUAUCAGCAUCAAAGGACGCCAUGGUGAAGGUGAUCGCCUCGGACCUAGGCUGGGCAGAGGCUGAAGAUGUCCUGUCAGCCAAAGUCACGAAACAGCAGCAGUCAGCGCACAAGAGGGACUUGGAACGUGAGUGGGUGCAUCGGAGUGUCUGCGUAAAGCACGGCAGCUUGGAGCAUCACGAAGACCACCUGGAGCUGGAGCCCAUGUUUGGCAAUCGUCGAAGUGUGCACUGGCGGAACCACGUCUUUGCCGACCUAAGAAACUGCCAUCGCCACGAAGAUGGGGACUGUCGGCGCGGGCAUUUCCAGACGAAGCGAUGGGUGCGUCAAGUUCCUGCGCCUGGAGAGGCCGACGGCAUUGGCAGGAAGUAUGUUGCCCACAUGGACCAGGGCCUUCCUGCGUACGCUUACCCACAGACCAGGCAUGCGGAUUGGCACAAGCGCUACGAGGUGGCCAAAGCUUUAGUCACCGAGGACAGAGCAGACAAGAUCCACGAGUUGGUGGUUGAGCUUGAGACGAAACAGCCUUUGAAACUGCUGGGCGCGACUGCGAUCGAGGACCGACUGCAGGAUGAGGUUGCAGACACGAUUGCGCAGCUACGGGCUGCUGGCAUCCGCGUCUGGGUUCUGACGGGUGACAAGGUGGACACGGCGAUUUCCAUUGCCAUGUCCUGCCAGCUCCUCACUGAGGAAAUGGACAACUUCGUCAUCGAUGGGGACUCGGAGCAAUCGCUCUUGGAGGUGCUCACCGAGGCGCUUCAGUCGGACCGGCCGGCCCUGACGAUCGCAGGUUCCCGCCUGGCAGAGGCUCUGGAGUCAGAAGAUGAUCGGGCACUGCUUUUCAAAGUGGGACAGCGCUGCAGAUCUGUGGUUUGCUGCCGUGUCUCGCCGAAGCAGAAGGCCGACGUUGUGGACCUCGUCAAGUCCUUGGACCACUCCGCGGUGACGCUGUCCAUUGGCGACGGGGCGAACGAUGUGUCCAUGAUCGUCGCUGCGCAUGUGGGCGUCGGGCUCUCCGGAAAGGAAGGUGCACAAGCCGCCUACGCUGCCGACUUUGCAUUGCCCGAGUUCCGGUUGCUCAAGAGGUCCAUCUUCGCUCACGGUCGCGAGGCAUACCGCCGGAAUGCGGUCGUCUGCUUGUACAGCUUCUACAAGAACCAGGCUAAUGUGCUCAUCACCAUCUUCGCCGCUGCUGGAAAUGCCUUCUCUGGCAGCAACGUAGUGAACCCUUGGCUGAUGCAAUGCUACAACCUUGUGCAUUGCCACGUGCCGCUCUUUCUCUACGGCAUGUACGAUAGGGCGUCGGACUUGGCAGACCUGACGGACGAGCCCGAGGGCCACGCUCCGAACCUCUUUGGCUACGACAUCCAGCUGGUCUGGAUGGCGGCGGCUGCACUCCAGGCGACACUGAUUCGCGCGCUCUGGUGCUCAUCCACUCUGGGGCUUGCAGGUGAGGUUGGUCCCGACCUUUCCCAGAGCGCGAUCUUGGGUAACCUCUGCUUUAUUUCCGUGGUGCUGUGCGUGAACGUCACGCUGAUGCUGCGGCAGUAUAGCUGGUCUAGAUGGAUCGCGCUGACAUACCUGUUAAACUUCAUCGGCUUGAUUGUCACCUUGGCCAUGUUUGUUCCAGGACUGGUCCAGGUCUUCGAGGGUACCAACUUCCUCCGAGUGAGUCUGAUUUGUAUAGUGACCCUUGUCCUCACCACCCUCAUCGGAGAGAUCUUGAUCCUAUCGGCCGAGCUGUUCAUGUCCGGUGUCGAUAGCGGCGAGGACGAGAAGAGUCUGGUCCAGGUUGUGCACGUGAUGCCGGCAGCGGAGCCGCUGCAGCCCUUUCAGUCGCAGACAGUACCGGAUCUGGAGAUGUCGCGCAAGGGUUCGAACUCGAGUCGGCUCAGUGUCAGUGCCAGGCGGUCCAGCUUGGGCUACGCCUACUCCGAGGAGUGCUCCCUGGAGCGAGAGAAAGAGCGUUGGAGCCACAUGGCCGUGCCGUCUCAGGUGUCGUGCGCCGUGCCGUCAUCCGCCCGCUUCGCUUGUCAGUCCAAUUCUGGAGCCGGCUCGAAAGAGCUGCAGCCAGAGACCAUUGAGCUGAGCAGCUUUCGUGGUCCGUGA